AUGAUGACGGAAAACGUGAGAAAUUAUAGAGACAAAGUGAUUGAAGUGCACUUUGAAAAACAUGAAGAAAUGAGUUUAGAUCUGACCAUCGAUCGGUUGAGCUCCAAGCCCAGCAUCGUCGAGAGCAGAUCCACAGCGUUCAACCUUAGAGAGCGUAGCUUCCUCGUCGAUGAUCUUGGAGCAAGAUUUCGAGUCUGGAGAAGCAGUAGCAGAGGAAGACUCCGAAGACUCGGUGACAGCAGAUGA